UGAGGCCUGUGGGAAGAUGUGGAACCGCCUGGGCGCCUUCCUGCAGCAGGCCGUGGAGCCGCGAGAGCCGGCCCAGGACCUGCUGCAGUCCUUUGUACAUCACUGGAAAGGGGUGACUCAGUACUACCUGGAGACCACUGAUGAGGCCUGCCCAGCACGUAAUACAGACAUCCCAUGGAGGCUCCGCCAGCUUCUGGAUAUCCUUGUCUAUGAGGAGGGGGGUUCAUUGGCUAGUGAAGGCUCAGGGGGUGGAGAUAAAGGCGGAUCUGCUGACAGUACCGGACCCUGCAUGGAGUAUCUUCUACAGCACAAGAUACUGGAGACACUUUGCACCCUGGCAAAAGCAGAGUACCCCCCCGGAAUGAGGCAGCAGGUUCUGGUCUUCUUCAGUCGCCUUUUGGCUAAGGUGCAGCGUCCCCUAUUGCACUAUAUUAAUGUCCAUCGUCCUGUACAAGGUGAGCUUGUGAAGAGGACGAUUUCCAAUGAAGAAGAUAAUGAGCCAGCUACUGGAUCCGCCAGUUGUAAACCUAAACAGACAUUAUUCAGAGCUUUACUCAGGCUGUGUCUGUGCCAGAAAGGCCGACUUGCCGUUCGAGCAAAAGAGACUCUCCUUGGGGUCCUCCGCACCGCCCAGCAAGAGGCUCCAGCACGAAUCAUUGCACACAGCGACCUGAGCCAGCAACUGUCAGAACGACUGUGUGACUUGCACGACGACAUCCCUCUGAGCGCUCACCCGUGUGACAUCACCAGUCAGGAGGACACUAAUUGGAGGACAGAAGUCAGCAAAGAGGAGUUUGACGCCACGCCACCAGAGACGGCCGCUGUGCGGAGGUUUCUGGGCUGGGUAGAGUUCUGUAACUCUUUAUUACAAGAGUCCCAUGAGAUGGUUGCUGCGUCCAUAGCAAAGGCUAUAACAGAAGUCUACCUGCAGGGAAAACUCCAAGACGAACUGCUGCAAGUAUCAGAACUCCGUAUUCUGAGGAGCACAGCUCUACUCACCGCUCUGCUCCAGCGUCUGAACUCAUCAGCAUUACUGCGCCCGCUUCUGAUUUUCCUGCUAGGAGAGGAGGGCGGCCCGGAGAAAAGGAGCGACAAACCUCCACCACUCCGAUCCCAGCUGAUCCAGAGGUGCAACCAUCUCUCCGACGAGAUAAGUCUCACCACCAUGCGUCUGUUCGAGGAGAUGUUCCUGUCAUCUGAUUCGAUGGUCCUGAACAGUCUGGUGCUCCGCAACCUGGAGAAUCGGCGUUACCUGUCCGGGGGAAGUGAGGAGAGCCGAGCGCAGGAUGGGGAAGCCUUUGAAGGCACAGAUGAGCUUGAAGAAGACCCUUACUUCACAGAUGGGCUUCCAGAUACCGGCCCACAGAUGAUGGGAAGAAACCAACGACAUCACGGAGAGUCCAUGGGAGCUGAGCAAAGCAUGAGAAG